UGACAAGCGAAAAUAUAAAUCACGUUUUAUGAAAUUGAAGUUGAAACAUUAUUUUGUCAUUCUUAGUGAAUAUUUCACAAUGGAAAAAGGAAAUAUUUCAAAUCUGUUAGGUUAUAAAGAAAAUAAUAUCGAAAAAAUCUCUUUUUAUUGAUUUUGUGAUUAACUAUCAUAUUAAAUAUUGUUUACUACGUGUUAUCUUAUUGUGACCGAUAUAUAUGUUCCAAUAAAUUAUAUUUUUUGCGAUUGUAGAUUGUGUUUUAAUGAUUUAAAAAUUGUAUACAAAAGUGUCAAAAGUUCGAGAUUAUAAAAAAAAAACGAAGAAAAAUAUCAUACUUCCUGACAUUAUUCAAUUUAGGACCAUUUGGUUCUUUGAUAAAACAUCUCUGAUGGCACAUUACAUAGUCCCCUCUUUUAUAUUUUAACCCCUUUGAAAGGGGUACAGCCACCCCUUUCCUCAUAAAAAGGGGUAGCUGCUAAAAAAGGGUGUUGCAGCAGCAAAAGUAUUGGUUGUGGUUCUUAAGCAAUUUCUGACUUGUAUGCUCUAUAGUUUAUAUAUUUUUCUUUAAAUAAUUGUUGUAGACAUAAUAAAAUCUUUAUAUAAGUCUUUAUGUAAGUUAAUCAAAAAUUCAUCAAUAAUAGGAAUAAGAGUUGAUAGGAUACGACACAUGGGAUUUUGACUGUUCCGUCAGAGCAUGCUCGGUAUCUCGGAGACUAUGGCUCGCUGUCCCUCUCCAACGUUCUUUACGGAGGAUAAACUCCUGGGGGUUGGUUAGGAGCUGCCUGUGAUUGGGUAGGACAGUAUUGGAUCUACCCCGCAGACUACUCUGCAUGGAAAGGGUAGCUCAGUUCGCCACAGGCUGUUGUCAGAUCUGCCUCGUAGUAUGCCUCGUAGUGUUAUCAAGCAAAAUGUCAGGAUUAUGUGAAGUGGUAACUUUGAAAGGAGAAAUGAAAGCUCGAGUGCGGGCGGCACAGGAUUAUAGGAAUCGCACAGGCCUGCGAACACUGUGUGAAAAUCUCGUGUCUCGACGUUUGCGCCCACGGAAUCGAUCGUUCUUCCGUUUAGCGUUUUCUCGCGUUGGAAAUCCGAUUUCUCCAAUCUUCCUCUCGUCCCUCCGCACGUGCAAACUGUGAGAAAAUGACGCGACUGGUCGGCGAGACGAUAAAUUAUAGAGAACGAAACGAUGGCUGAAUCACCGUGCGCUGCGAGACGACAUUAAAAUGCCACGUCGCAAAAAUCGAACAAAGUGGGAGGCACCGUGGUGCAUUUUGCGUCACGGUCACGCAAAUCUGCCGUCGAUUGGCACGAGUUACGGCGUCGCGAAACGGUUGGCCGCGGACACGUUCGGAAGUCAAUGACGGAUCGGCAUAGGAAAGAAACGGAGCCAUUAACUGGCCAGCGAACAGAAGAAACGACCUCGCGAUCGCGCCGUGACGAGAAUCCGUCAUCGAUGUUGAUCAACGCUGCAGUUCACGGGUUUAAUGUGAUCGACGAAGAUAUUUGAAUCCCGAAAAUUCUUUCAACGGUCCUGUUGAUGACUCACGACAUUAUCUCCGGCGACAUUUAUCAGAGAAUGGACCUACAAACCGAAUUAAUUUUCUCAGACACGGAGCGGCUCGAUUACGAGACCGCGUGGGCGAAAUUAGGUGUUCUCCAUUAGAGCGGGUCCGACCCGUUUACAUUCACUGACCGCAUACUCAAUGAAAUCGGAAUAUAAUGAGGAAACCAAGUCAUAUUAUGAUGGAAAUAUGGUUGCUUUUCAAUUCAUAUGAUGCAGCUUCUCGUGUCAUCGUUACACUUCCGCAAGGAGUCGUACACAACAAGGAUCGCCGGGUAGCCGCGGCGGUCGGCGGCCGUCAUUGAUCUCCUGUUAGAAUCGGAUCACUACGAUGUAACAAGAUAAAUAGUCAGCAGGACACCGUCGGUGGUCGAGGGUGCGGAUCGCGGAGUCAUGCUGACUAUGUAUCUGAUCAAGAGAAACCGAGUACACGCACGCUUGUCCGAUCUGGGCGUACUUAACGUGUACACCGUGAAGGUUCUCUGGUCGCGAGCCGAUGGAACACUUUCGAUGGGCUUCGUUUAUACGAGAUGAAAUCGUCGAUCCUUAGCUUCUGCACACGAGCGAAGAGUUAAAUAUUACUGGCGUCGAUAGCGCGCGCGAGGCCACGUCUGACCGCUCGAGAGGAUUUUCCACUGAAUUUCUCGCUCGCGACCGCGACAACGAGAACGAUGGCGAGAUCGAGAGGGAAAAUAACCGAGGACGAAAAUUAAAAUAAAAACCGAGAUCCUGGAUGAGAUCGAAAAUUUUUCAUCCAGUGACGAGUUGGACAUCAGACGACCCAUCAAAUACGAACCGUCGAAACCGUCGAACGAAAUAUCGCGCCAUGAAAAUUCUGAACAGAUCCCAGAAUCGGAGUGUCAAAGAAAUGCAAGCGUUUCACUUUCUCAGAGACAAAUGGACGAGUACACUGAUUUAAAGGAAUACAUCGUGGCACUGACAAGAGGGAAGCUUUUAAUGUGCAACGUCUGCAGGAUCGAAUUUCCGAACGAGGUCGAGUUCAAGACUCACUUGAUUGGACAAAGCCAUGAACAACUUUUCCAGUGCGGAUUUUGUUGGAAGUCAUUUUCUGGAUCGUCAACCUUAAAGAAUCACCUGCAUAUGCAUUUUAUUCCGGAGUCUUUCGCGUGCAGACAAUGCGAGCUCCAAUUUCAGACGGAACAUGCGUUAAAGAAACAUCAAACAAAAGCGCACUUCGGCAGAAGAACUUUUCAGUGUCCUAUCUGUAAGAAGAAAUUGUUACGCCACGAAUCGCUGCGCGAUCAUAAGCUGACGCACAUUAACCUGAGACCCCACGUAUGUACAACCUGCGGCAAGAGCUUCCUGAGGCCCAGCAGUCUCCGGACCCAUAUGAUCGUUCAUACCGCGGACUCGCCGUUCGCGUGCGAUCUCUGCCCGGCGAAGUUCAAGAGAUCGUCGGUGCUGAAGACGCACAAGCUGACGCACACGGGCGUGAGAAGAUUCGAGUGCGACAUCUGCAAGCAUCGUUUCUAUCUGAAAGGCGCGCUGAAGCACCACAUACUGGCGCAUUACGGAAUCAGGCCUUAUAAAUGUGAAGAUUGCGGCAAAAGCUACAGGAGAUCUUGGGGUUUGAAGGUGCACAGAUAUCGGCAUACCGGCAUAAAGCGAUUCGAGUGCGAUUUCUGCAAGCUGCGCUUCAGCGUGAAGACGAAGCUCGCGAAUCACAUUUACACACAUACCGGCGAGAAACCUUACAAGUGUAAUGUCUGCGGACGUCAAUAUGGCGAGAGAUAUCAGUUGAAGGCGCACAGAUGCACAGCAUUACGUGGCAACCCGUUGAAAUUAAAAACUACUUGAAUUUUAUAUUCUUUUAAUCGAUAUUAUGAAAAAAUCUGAUAAGAAUAAGAAUUACAACAUAUCACAUUAUUGAGUAUGUGACAUUGUGUCUAAGAUUAUUAAAGAUUCAAUUACAGAAUAUUUCAAUUAUAAUUUGUAAAUUUUUUUUUUUUUUCAUUUAUCAAAAACUUACUAAAUGUAUUAAUAGUAAGAGUAUUGGAUUUUAAAAAAUUGGUUAAAAAUAAAAAUAAACCUGAAGAAUUAUACAUAUCGCGAAUUUCACGAUACAACUUUAAAGUCUAGAUACUGUCCGCUUUGAUUAAUUUAAUUAUCGUCGGUCGCGCGAUUGCUUGUAAUAAAACUCGUUCUUCAGCCUGAUACAAUGGCCGGCCGCUAUUUCAUUCGUGAUCAAAUCUACCAUCACGGAUCCCAUCCGCGUUUGCAUGCCCAUGAAGCUUAAUAAGGCAUGGCCUUAAUAAGUACUUCGCCGCAAAACAAAACACCGAUUAAUCCCAGACCGAUACGGAUUGGUUUGGAGCUCGGAGCUGCCGACUCGCGCGGGAUAAGUCGGCUUAGGUUCGUCAUCAACUAUCAUAUAUAAUUACAGUCUUUAUUCGAUAUUGCUCGAACGUGACCGCCGGGAUCACCGAACGGUGCAGUGAAAUUAAUGCAACUUUCGAAGACGUAACGCAGUCCUUUGGAAAUAAUUAUUUACGUCGACAACAUACACUCACGUUUCAUUAUAACGGCGUAGUCUACGCCAUACUUAGAUAUCCGGUAUAAUCAUUUACGUAAUCUAUAUAAAGAAAACAGAUUUUAUCGACGGUAUCUAAAAAUUAAUUGCCUCUGUCUUAAUCUCGUAAAAACUUACGUUGUCACGAAUGCAGAAUAAAUCAUACACGAUGUUUGCGGUCAUUUCAUUUCUACUACUUUCGCAAUAGAUGGAUAGGACGCUUAGCAAUAAUUGAAAAUUAAAUGUCAAUUUUAUUCUAACUUAUUUGCAAUUGCUGAAACAAGUUUAUUUAUCAAAAGAAAAGAGAAUAACUUUUUGAAUAUAGAUACCGUGCAUUUAUUUAGAAUAGGUUAUACAUUAACGUAGCUUAUUUCUUUACCGGCCACCUUGAGAAUAUCUCGAGCACGUGGGUCCUGCUUAUGUCGCCGCACGUGAGAAUGGUGCUUUAAGGUGCGUGGACACAGCAGGGGCUCGUACGCGGUACACUGAGAUGCUCCGCUUCUUAUCAGAUCGCAUCUCUGAUUUGCGGCUGUCUUGCGGCUAAACUCUUUGACAGUGCCGACACGUAUCUGCCUUCUGACCCCGUUUCUCUAUUUCGACGCGGCAAAAAGCAAGCAAAACGAGAGCAUUUUUGCUAUUCAAAUCAUAUGUUUCAAUAGAGACUUUUCAAAAGUACAGCAAAAUUGGAUAAUCAAUUAUAUGCAUUGAAGUAUUUACUUAUUUCAAGCUAUAUAAUUAUUGAUAUUAUAUCUUUGAUAUAAUAUCUCGCGUAAUAAUUUAGAGCAUGUCUUCGAGAUGAGUUAUUUGCUUGAACGCGAUUCGACACAAGGCUUCUUCGCAACAAUGCAAUUUAAAUACGCGGAUAUUUCGCCUUCAUAUCUCCUGCCUAAUUAUGCUCGCGCUUCGCGAAAUCUACAAUCUGACUGUUCGCGUAUGAGCGUUACACACAGCGGCACGCAGAGAGUCACGCCAAGUCCUAAUUAUUUAGAUAGCGAUCAUAGUGGUUUAAUUAUUCCCACUCCUUUCUAUCGCUGCUCCGUUCGCCGGUAUGGUAAUGGCACUUAAUGCAGAUAGCAACACCGAUACUAUUUGCCAGUUACUAAUUGCAAGCUCAAAAUUAUUAUGCGCGCAUCCAGCGAACGAUGGAUUUGGAAACUCGGAAAAUACUUAAUGACGGUAGUCAUCAUCCUCAUUACGUUAUGAAUUUCUGUUAUAUAAUAUGGCCAGCAUUUUUCCGGCCACCUGACAUAAUGCUUAUUUAUGUAAAUUUAUUAGUUAAAAGUAUAUUAAUAUAGUAAAUUACAGAGCAUCAUAACGUAAAGAAUAAAUUUUCUUACAUCUAAAAUACGUGAUUACAUACAUUUGUUAAGUACCAUAAUGAAUCUUAAUUAUCCAUAACGGUAUUGAACGAUAAAGAAGAAUCAUGUAAUUGCCGGUCAAUCUAUCUGUUUCACUCGAGUUGGAUUGUUCCCAAGAACUGGAUACAGGAAAGAGCGAAAGCAACGGGCGAUUCGGCAGAUCCGUAAAAGAAAAAUGGGACAGAGCAUAUUAAAUAACGACGAUGUCGAUUAGUAUUGACAGCGGCGAUUAAAGACACCGAAUUGCCAGUCAGUAAUGACCGAGCUGGCCGUGCAACCAGUGAGCACUGUAAUUUCAUUGAUAAUAUUUAAAUACGGGCUUUUGAUAGCUGUCUUCUCUCGACUGGUAUUAGCGCGGGCCCCGAAGGGUCUCAUGGUCCCCUCUCCCCUUUCAUCCUUGAGAGGGCGCAGAGGCGUACUAUUUAUCGACCUGGUACCAUCAUUAUUUCAUCCAACUCUUUCAUCGCCUUGCCUGGUUAAUCGAUAACCCGCAAAGAGACGAAAACCUCGACCUCUGACUCGAACUGAUUUAUCAACCAUUUGAAAUUGAGAAAAAGAUUGUUUUAUUUGUCUUUUGCUAUGAUUAAUUUAUUGCUAAUCUGAUGAAAAUUACUAUACACGAUUUUUGACUUCGAUCAAUCCACAAGCGAUGAAUUACGAGUUAUUUACGUGGCUACAUCCUUCAAGAAAAUCGUAAGCGUGAGAGAUCGGCGGUACGAAAUAUUGUGCCGACAAUAAUUAUUUGCUUAAAUAUACAUACAAAUUAUUUAACGCACGACUGCGUCUUGCACGGCUUUAAUUAGCGCGACUCUACCUGAUCGUAAUCGCGCGCUACGCAAUUCUAGGGUUAAUGUGCAUUUAAUUCACAAUACGGAGAGAAACAACGCGGCAUGACGAUAUUUUUUUAGACUUUUCAUGUCUAAGAUUCGUCAGCCAACGCAAACUAUAAUUUAAGCACCAACAAAGCAUAAUCGUUUUGUUCCCAAGAAAAUUCUGAUGUGUAACGCAAAAAGAUUAUGCUUCUCUGUAUCUGAGAAAUAUUAUAAUUAACUCAUAUUCGUAAAAUGUACAAUGUACAGGUUAUAAAAGUAAUAUUAAUAAAGUUUUUUAAAACAUUUUCGCAUAUAAA